CUUAGCGUUUCCAUUUAAAAUAGUUCACAACUUCACAUCACAUACAAAAUCAAAGAAGAUUCGCAGCGAACGUUUUGAACGCCAUGGAUGUCUCCGGUGAAGCUCGGAAUAACAGCAACCUCCAGAUUCCGUAUUCUUCUCUUACCGUUGACCACACCCUUCCUGUUCCGGAUAUGAAACCUAGUCUCGUAAAGCUUUGUAAGGACCUGUUCAAAAAAUGGUCAAAUUUGGAUGAAUCACAUUUCUCUGCCCAAAGAGUAGCUGGUGGCAUCACAAAUCUCUUGCUCAAAGUAUCAGUAGAGGAACAAGAUGGGAAUAUUGUGCAUGUAACAGUUAGACUCUAUGGUCCAAACACAGAGUAUGUCAUUGAUAGGGAAAGAGAACUAAAGGCCAUUCAUUAUCUCUCAGCUGCAGGAUUUGGCGCCAAGUUACUAGGGGUAUUUGGGAAUGGAAUGGUGCAAUCUUUUAUACAUGCAAGAACAUUAGAACCAUUAGACUUGAGAAAGCCAAAAUUAGCAGCUGAAAUUGCAAAGCAACUUAAAAGGUUUCAUCAAGUAGACAUUCCAGGAUCUAAGGAACCUCAGCUUUGGAUUGACAUCUCCAAAUUUUUUGAAAGAGCAUCCAGUCUUACUUUUGAUGAUCAUGAGAAGCAAAAGAGAUACAGUACAAUUUCAUUUAAGGAAGUCCAUACAGAAAUUAUCAAACUCAAGGAAUUGACAGGUCAUCUUAAUGCUCCUGUUGUGUUUUCUCAUAAUGACUUGCUUUCUGGAAAUCUGAUGCUGAAUGAAGACGAAGAGAAACUGUACAUAAUAGAUUUUGAAUAUGGAUCGUAUAGUUACAGAGGGUUUGACAUUGGGAACCACUUCAAUGAAUAUGCGGGCUAUGAUUGUGACUACACUUUGUACCCAAAUAAGGAUGAACAAUAUCAUUUCUUCAGGCAUUACUUGCAAUCCGAAAGAGCUGAUAAGGUAACCAUGCAAACUAUAUAUGAUAACCCCAGACACAGUAUCAUCUGUCAUUGUCAUUGUCACUGUCACUGUCACUGUCAUUGUCACUGUCACUGUCACUGUAUAUGUAUACAGGUGUCAGAGAAGGAUUUGGAGGCGCUUUAUGUUGAAACCAGCUGUUACAUGUUGGCUUCACAUUUGUACUGGGCUCUAUGGGCUCUCAUCCAGGCAAAAAUGUCGCCUAUUGAUUUCGAUUAUCUUGGUUAUUUCUUUCUGAGAUAUAAUGAAUAUAAAAAGCAGAAAGACACGUGCCUUUCUCUGGGUAGGUCUUACCUUUCUGAAUCCAAGACUAGUUGAACAACCCAAAUGAAGCUUUUCCAAUUAGUUUCUCAUCUACAACUUUUAUUGCAUGGAGCACAACCCAUUAUGUAUAUUUAUAUUUAGUUUGAUAAUUGUAACCUUUGAUGACAAGGCUGUUUCUCUGUUUUUCCCAUAGUUACAAUUUUAUUCCAUACCAAAUCCAAUGCAUAUCAAAUACAUUAAAACAUAGUUAAAUAGAGUAGUAACAUUGUGAUGUCUUGAGUCUUGUGUAUCCAAUGUAAGUCAAAUAUUGAGUAACAUUGUUCUAUCUUAGACAAUCUUGAUGAGCAAAAGAGGAAAUAUACUCCAAAAUUUCGGUUAAAAAAAAUAAAAGCAUUCAAGUGUGUAUAAUAUAUAUAAGUUCUUGCACCCCAAAAAAAACAUCUAAAACAACCUAAAAAACCAUCAUAUAACCGCCAUUGUUGACCUUCAAACCUCACGCUUGAAGAACCUGACAAUGAACAAUAUGACUCUUCAGGCGGUUCCUUCCGGCAAGACUAGACCACAGAUUCGACACCAAAGUCUUAAACUGCCCUUUUCCGGCGAGUGUCUCCCACAAAUGCUCAGCCUCCGCCGCCCCUCCUCCACCAUCAACAUCCACCAAAGAUAUACUCAUAUUAUUCCUUAUAAUACAAAGUUUCCCAUUAAGCGGCACCAACGCCGCCGCCUCUAAACCCUUGGAAUUCCCCAUAUGCAUUUUGCUAUCGAUAUGUUUACUCCAUGAAUCCGUUUCCUCAUCAUAAACCCUAACUUUACACCCAUCUUUACACCCCAAAGCAUAAAGCUUCCCCUUCAAACAAGUGCUAGGGUUCCGCCACCCUGCCACCAUUCCGUCGUGAACAUGUCUCCACACGUUGGUUUCCGGUUCAUACAUCUCCGAUACCACCCGUUGGUGUGACCCAAGCCCCUUCAAGAACCACCUCCCGCCGUACACCACCCCGAUGAAAGGAACCAUCGCGGUGCUCAUGUCCGCCACAAAACACCACCGGUUCUUGCUCGGAUCAUAAACCUCGACUGACCUUAACGACCGGUGGACACCUUCGUUUUCGCCGCCGGCGACGUAUAAACAGUUGUUUAUUACACAAGACCCGAAAAAAUGUCGACGCCGGAGCAUAUCGGGAGCUCGAUGCCAUUUAUUAGUCCGGGCACUGUAAUACACCACUCGUCUCAUCGACCCUUUGAUCGGAUCCUUUCCGCCGAAUAAAUAAAGGUGGCAUCCGCUCAAAACGCCGCAACCAAAACCUUCGGCUUCGGAGUAUUCUUUGGGGACAGGUGGCAGCGGUUGCCAGAGGUGGUUCAUGGGGUCGAAUCCAUGCCAUGUCAUCUUCCGAUCUUUGUCUCUUUUCAUUACGUAAACCCAUUCUUCGGCGAUUUCGAGGUUUUUCCGGAGAGAGUAGAAGAAGUUUCCGGCGAGAAGACGGUACCAUCUUUUGCAGACUAGGCGGAGCUUGCGGUGGUCGAUUCUUGGGACGCGGAUUAAACAGGCGAUGGCGAGGUCGUCGGGCAGUCCGGGCAGGAGUGGGGAUUGGUUGCGGGUUCUGUCGCGUGGUGGUUUUUGUCUGGUUGGGUGGAUUGAUGAUUUGAUGUCCGGCUGGAGACAUAGCUUUGAACCGGGGACGAAUCUUUUUGCUCCGGCGACGGUUUUCAGGCCGACGUCUACUCUACAUAAACAAGCUGUUGUAUCCACCUGUGAAAAACAUGUUGAGCAUUCUACAUUGAUUUUUUUUAUUUAAUCUUUAAUUAAUGAAAGAUUAUAGAAAAAGAUCAAGAAUUUAUAUUUUUAAUUUGUAAUUAAUGAAUGAUUAUAGAAAAAAAGAUGAAGAGUUUACCAAAGGAGGCUGAAUCCCUCUUUCCAUUCUUGAAAUUCCGGCGACUAUAUCAAGAUUUCAUGAUUCAUCAUCGUCUCCAAUGGUAAGCUUCAAAAGAAAGUAUCGAUCCUACCACAUUUUCAGAUGAACCCAGAUUCAAGAUUCGGUUUUUUUGAAGAUUUUAGUUAAUUUCAAGAACAUUUACCUAAAUCGUUUGCGCUGAUAACAUAGAUUGGACCCUGUUGAGAUUAGGGUUCCUUCAAAUUAAAGAUUCAAAUCGAGAUUAUGAUUCAAGAAGCGAAGCACCCACAAUUUGAAUUUGAAACCCGAUUGAAGAUAAAGAAAAGAGCAAUACAUUCAAAAGGCAUAAACUUUUAAAAACAGUCAACAAAGUUGAUAAAAAAGCAUCAACUCAAACUCAGAUCUCCACAUACAAAAUCGAAAACCCAGAAAUUGUAGAGAGAAAAAAUUGAAAC